AUGUCAGUACCUCUCUUCUGGUACAGAGGCCGAAGAUAGUCUUUUCUUCCUGCUGACGAUGCUUCCGACGUCUCUACAUCUGCACAUCUUCCCAUCUUCCCAUCUACACAUCUUCCCAUCUGCCCACCCCCUCUGUGCAUCUCUCCCCACGCCCGGCGGUUGCUUCCCCUCGACCGACCGGACCUCGAACCCUCCCUAUCCGCACAGGCCCGCCCCUUCUUUUGACGCCAAUGCUGGUGUCAAGAUCACCAGCCGCGCCGCGAUCGCCAACGCGCCGUUCCCGAUCGAGUCCAAUGGCAGUUUCUCCAACCUGACCCUCGCGGCGAUCGUGCUGCUCGCGCCCUAUCUCGUCGCGCGCUGGGUCCCCUUGCUGCCGACCAAAUGGUCCUACUACCUCCUAUUCCUCCCCGUCGGGCUCGCGUCCGUGCUUGGCUACUGGAUGCUCAUGAGUCGUAUCGGCGGUAAGAAGCGCGACUAUGGCACCCGGUUGCCCGGCAAGCCGCUCGAGUACUACGUCGAGAUCAAGGAUGCCAAGCUGGCCCAAAAAUACUCUGGAGGCAGGGCCAAGAUCCCCGUUCAGACCUUUUACGACGCCUACUUUGCCGGAAAAAUCGACCUCAAGGGUCAGUUCAUGGCGACGCUUGCGGGGGAAACCUUAUCUUGAUCGACCGAGGAAAAUCGUGGUACUGACGAGGCCGUCUGAAAAUUGAUGCAUUCGAUGCUGCAGGUGACAUGCUCGAAUUGCUCGAGCAGCGCCAUGACUGGGCCUCGUUCGAGUUCACGUGGGACUUGUUGAAAUACGUCUUGACCGUGCUCAUCCCCGACGUCGUCUGGCACUCACCUUCCCAAGACGAGGAGCAAGUUCGCGACCACUACGACAGAGGAGAUGACUUCUGUGAGCAUAUAGUCUGGGAAUGAUGUGCAGACGAGUUCCAAAGGAGGCUGACACGACGAAUCGUGUCGCGCCGUAUUCCCCACCGGCCCACAGACAGCUGGUGAGUACCCACUGUCCUUCGCGAAAUUCAAGAUCAGGUCCAUUGGCUGACACGCUGUGCGAUCUAUGCAUAGGUUCUUGGGACCCCGAAUGAUCUACACGUCCGGUGUCAUUAACGAUAUUGACCGCAAGGAGACGCUCGAGGAGCUGCAAGACAACAAGCUCGCGCUCGUCUGCCAUAAGCUCGAACUCAAGCCCACCGAUACCCUUCUCGACAUUGGUUGCGGAUGGGGCACGCUCGUUACCUAUGCGGCCAAGAACUUUGGCUGUGACGCCACGGGAGUCACACUCGGCAAGAACCAGACCAAGUUCGGCAACAAGCGCAUCGCCGACAACGGCUGCGACGCCAGCCGCGCCCGCAUUUUGUGCAAGGACUACCGCGAAAUCGGCGUCGACAAGAAGUUCAGCAAGAUCGUUUCGCUGGAGAUGGCUGAGGUAUGUUAUCCUGAUGCCGAACUGGACUGGCCUAUGCGGCACGCGCCCUUGUGCACCACAUCAGAUCCAGACUUGCUGACGAUUGAGCCAUCCUCAACGAUACAGCACGUCGGCAUUCGCAACUACAACUCCUUCUUGCGCCAAGUCUACAAUUUGCUUGAGGAUGACGGUAUUCUCGUCUUCCAGGUUGCUGGUAUCCGCCCCCAUUGGCAAUACGAGGAUCUCAUCUGGUCAGUCUAGGGUCGCGACGUGGAAUGGGCUCGCAGUCUUUUCGAAUCGACGUAUUCGAGGGCCGAACCGGGUUGUAAUUGCUGAGUAUCCCACUGAGCACAUACAUGUAUUACUUUCAGGGGUCUUUUCAUGAAUAAGUACGUUUUCCCCGGAGCCGACGCGUCGUGCGCCCUCAACUGGGUCAUCGGUCGCCUCGAGGGUGCUGGCUUCGAAAUAAAGUCGGUCGAUGUGCUCGGUGUCCACUGUGAGUUUCCCCGUGAUUUCGUCACGAUACCGAAGUGAAGCUGUUUGAAUUGAAGGUUAACGAUUGUCCUUUUGACUCCUUUAGACUCUGCGACUUUGCACCGCUGGUACGAGAACUGGAUGCAGAACCGGGAUGCCGUCACCGCCAAGUAUGGCGACCGAUGGUACCGAGUGAGUAUUUUAACAUCCGUGUCCUCCGUGGUCUCCGUGCCAUUUCGGAGGAUAUCAUAAGGUCAAUCAUAAAGUCAGUUGCCGGGCUACUGACACUGGUCUUGUGGUUCGCGCGCAGAUUUGGCUGUAUUUCCUGGCGUCCGCAGUGAUCACGUCUCGGUACGGCCCGUCUUGCCGACCCAGCUUCCCCGGAUUUUCCGCUGACCCAAACUCCCCUUGUUUCCCCUUGCGUAACGCAUUCUAUUUCGAUCCCGCAGCCAAGGAGGAGCUUCGGUCUUCCAGAUCAGCGCACACAAAAACCUUAACUCUUAUCACCGUGUCGAGGUACGCACCAUUUCCCCAGCUUCUGACUUCGCACUCUUCCCGCGGGAAGCGCUCCCGUCCCCGGAUAUUUAGGGCUGGCUGGCUGACCAUCUCUCGUCUCUGCCGCGUCGCUACCGCCUCUACCCACGUGACUUCCGAAUCACAGGCUAUCCCUUCGCACACGUCGUUGUUCUUCAAGCCCGCCAAGGAGCCUUCGUGA